CGUGAACGCCUCUCCCAGCGGGACACGGGCGGAGGCAGGACAGCGUGAGCGGACAAGGGAGGAGGAGGACACCGUCCGACACCCAGCGGUUCAUCUGUUCAUCCCGCCGAGUCAAGAUGGAGUCCCACAGGCUGAGCGUCUCUCCGGAUGUCAGGAUGCAGAGGAGCUACACGCAGCAACACGGCGCCAGAGGCGGCCAGGACAACCUGUUUGGUGUCAGGGUGCAGGUCCAAGGGAUUAAAGGUCAACCCUACGUGGUUCUGAACAGUUCUGGCCAGGAGAUCCACCGGGACGUCUCGGUUAUCACCCACCAGGCAGGGUACAGCCCCGGCAUGGUGAGGCGGUCCGCGGACGAGAGGCCCCGUCCCGCCGAGUCACAGGGGACCGAAAACUCCUCCGCGUUUCACUACCAGAAACACCCCGAGAUCCUGAGGCCGUACGACCCCGAGAGCAACAACAUGCACUUAGUCGUUCCCUCAGCAGCUUCAGGUGUCGGACACCCUGACACCGCGGGCAAACCCAGGAUCCCUCUGCCCGCCGAGGGCCCCGUGGGAGACCACGGCGAGGUGGCCGUGAACAGGACACCUUCUCCAUGUAGACGAGUCCCCGCGAGUACCCCGGACUCCGUGGACACGGAGUCCUUCCUGUCCGUGGGGAAGCUCAUAAGCCGCUUCAACAGCAGCCAGCGGAGGGGGCGGGGGGGCCCGAGGAACCGGUUGGAACCGGAGCAGUGUCGGAGGUCGCGCAGCGUGGACAGCAGCCGGAACCACGACUCCUCGCCCUCGUCCUCCUCCUCCAGCAGGGCCUCGUCCCUGAGGGGCAUCAGGGGCGAGACGACCUCGGGUGGGAUGUAUCCCCCGGGGUCGGCCAGGGCGCGACUCCUCGGCGGAGAAGCCCCUUUGCCGCGGGAGGAGAACAAGCCCGGCGCAGCGCUUCAAGGACAUCGGGGAAACGGGACGGUGUCUCCGCGAGCUGCAAAAUCACUUCAGAGGCCUGAGAAAUCCAGGUCCUUUAGUGACCAGGCGGAUAAAUCUGAUGAAAGAGAUGCACAGGUGACUCCUGAUCUUCUGAAAGGACAGCAAGAACUCUCAGUUGACCCACCUGAAGACGCAGAUAAACAAAUGCUGUUCACUUACCUCAAGGAUGGGACGGCGGACGAUGACUCCACCACUCAGAAGAAAGUCACCGUGCUGCUUGAAAAGGUCAAAAAGGACUAUGCAGAGGAGGGGAAGCUUCUGCAGCAGAAACAGGCAGCGCUGGAGAAGGAAGUGGUUGAACUAAAGCAAAAACUGGAAACGGAGAUUAAGAAUGAAAAGACUCUAGCCAAGGCUUGUGAAAAGGCCAGGACAGAGAAGAAGAAACUCCAGGAAGAGCUGGCCAAAAGCCAGGAAGAGCUUUACAAACUCAGCGACAGACUGGCGGAGAUCGAGGCUGAGCUCCAGUCUACCAAAAAGGAGCUGACACAGAUGAAGGCAGAGAAAGAGAGAUCUAGGACGGAGAUGAAAGACCUUCAGAUGCAGCUCUCUGAGAUGCACGAUGAGCUGGACCUCGCCACGAAGGCCGAGGUGAUUAAUACGGACAAAGAAGUCCUACUGGAGGAUAUGGCGCAGCUGCGUGUGGAGUUUCAGGAGAUGCUGCGGGUGAAAGAGGAGCAGGAGGAGGUGCUGCACCACAGGGAGAGGGAGCUCAGCGCCCUGAAGGGGGCGCUCAAAGAGGAGGUGGAGACUCACGAUUCUUACAUUGGCGCCUUGAAGGAGGAAUAUGAAAGUGAGCUGGAGAAGAUGCUCAGGGAUUUAGACCUGGCUAAAGAGAGCAGCGCGCUGCUGGGUCGAGAGAUGGCCGAAGCAGCAGAGGAGAAAGGCACGACUAAGGUGCUGCUGAAGGAUCUGAGCCAGGACAGGGAUCAGCUGAGAGGAAAGGUGCAGGAGCUGAACAACAAGGUGGAUCAGCUGAAUCUGACACUUCAGGAGUCCAAAGCCGCAGAGAGGCUCCUGGAGCAGAGCGCGAAGCAGCUGGAGAGGGAAAAGCAGCAGGUGGAGGAAGCGCUGGCGGAUGUGAGGAGGAACGAGGAGGAGAUGUGUCAGUCCAACCAGUUGCUGCUCACUCGCCUGGAGGACGUGCAGAGUAAGCUGACCAAGCUAAACCAUGAGCACAGGGACCUGAAGGAGAAACUCAAGGAGGAGAGGAAACAAAUAGAGGAACUAUGGAGGGCAAAAACUGAGCUGGAGGAUGAGAGGAGGCUGCAGGACAGAACUGUGGAGCAACUGCAGAGGAAGAUGAAUAGCAUCAUGGAGGAGUGCGAGGCGUCUACAGAUGUGCUUCAGGACCAGGUCGAGGAGGCCAGAGAGAGGAGUCAGAGGGAGUUGGACGAGCUGCGCAGACAGCUGCAGGAAAAGGGAGGCGAGCUGGAGAAAUGCCGUCAGGCGGCCAAAAAGCUUCAGGAAGAGCUGCUUCCUCUGGAGGAGGACCUGCGGCGCUGUCGCAGGGAGCAGCAGGAGGCCCAGCUGAGGGUCCGGCAGCUGGAGCAGAAGGUGGAGGAGCUGGAGGAGAGAAACGCAGCGGCGGCGGGAGAGCGAGAGCGCCAGGUCAAAGUCAUGGAGGGACGCAUCGGCCAACUGGAAGAGGAUCUCAACGAUGAGCGCGUCAGCGCUGACAGCCUGAUGGAACGAUUAGACAAAACCAAAGAGCAGAUGGAUCAGAUGAGGAGUGAGCUGAUGCAGGAGAGGGCAGCCAGGCAGGACCUGGAGUGUGACAAGAUGAGCCUGGAGAGACAGAAUAAAGACCUGAGGAGCAGAGUGACUCAUCUAGAAGGAUCCCAGAGGACCAACCAGGAUUCGCUUGUCUCCAAACUUAACAGCCGCAUUCAGGAGCUCGAGGAAAGGCUGCAAGGAGAAGAGAGAGACAACAACAGCCUGCAACAAGCCAACCGCAAGCUGGAGCGCAAGGUGAAGGAGAUGAAGAUGCAGACGGACGAGGAACACGUCAACCUGCAGAGCCAGAGAGACCAGCUGACCCAGAGGCUGAAGACGGCCAAGAGGCAGAUGGACGAGGCGGAGGAGGAGAUUGAGCGACUGGAACACGGCAAAAAGAAGCUGCAGAGAGAACUGGACGAGCAGAUCGAGUCCAACGAACAGCUCCACGGGCAGCUGAGCUCACUGCGGAGCGAGAUGAGGCGUAAGAGGAAAUCCUCCCCUCCUCUCAGUAAGGACGACGGGAACGACGUGGAUGACCUCGGGUCCGACUGACAGGCGUCCGAUGGAAACAGCGCGUGUCGUCUUUGGACUUUUGUUAAUGAUGGACUUGAUGUUAUUAUUCAACAUAACCCCUUUAACAAACUCAGGUGUGACUUCACGAUGUUCCCGGGUUGCCAUGUCUGACCUCUUGUGGCAACAUGUAUAACUGCAAAACCCGACAAACUGAUGUCUUACAAUGCAGCCGAAGGGCUGGCUUAUUUACCUCCACUCACAUUCAUUCAUUUGUUAAUGAGCUAUUCAUUUGCAGCAUGCGUUUACCCUCAACUGUAAAUCUUGAACUAAUGAAUCAAUA